AUGUUGGACAUUAUUUCAAAAGAUGAUUCAAUACCAGCCCCCUCAAAAACAAAACUUAAAGCCUUGUGUGCUACCCGGUGGGUUGAACGACGUGAUUCUAUUCUAACUUUCCGAGAACUUUAUUCAUAUAUUAUUUUUACUUUAGAAGAACUGGAAAAGAUGACUGACUCUGAGACUGCAUGUAAAUCAAUUGGUUUCAGUGCAAGUAUUAAACGAAGUGAAUUUUUAAUAUCUUUAGAAAUUGUAGCUAACUUAUUUUCUCAUACAAAAACGUUAAGCUUAGUACUACAAAGCCCUAAAUUGGAGUUAUCUAAAGCUUUUUCUCAUGUUAAGAAUGUAAUUGAUGUUAUGGAUGAUAUUAGAGAAAAUUCUGUAUCCAAAUUAGAAACAUAUUUUAAAAAUGCUUCUGAUAUGGCAGCUCUUGUUGGUGAGGAAAUCAGAAUACCUCGUUUAUGUGGACGUCAAACAACACGAUGUAAUAUUCAAACGACUGAUCCAAUAGAAUGGUAUAGGAUAACCAUUUUUUUACCUUUUAUUGAUCAUUUAAUUUCCGAACUAAAAUUAAGGUUCAAUGAAAAGUUAAGUGAAGUAAUGCCUUUAGAAGGAUUGAUUCCUACACAUAUUGAUAAAUAUGAUGAAUCAAAUGUUAUUAAAGCUCGAUGA